AUGGCUCUCUCUGAUGACGAGCAGACGACAUCUCUUAGCAAAGUACCAAACAAAUGGCUUCGGGAAGUGGAGGAAGCCGCUCACAGAUCAGAUCGCAUGUCUUGGAUGCUCCUUGGAAACGCUUUAUCUCUAAGUCACGAACUCGACAUCUUCUCCGAUGAAGAUGACGCCCCAGCAGAUGUGGUUGAUUCAACGUCUGAACUAUCAUUCGCAAAUUUCCUUCGUCUCCGGCGCCACCGAGUGGGCAAACUCUUUGUGCUGUCCUCAUUGAAAACCCCCGAAUCCAAGUUGGAUAAUGAGUGGCACGAGUAUAUGACUUCAUGGAUUGAACUCAGCCGACUAAUAAGGACGUCAUCCGACUUUCUCUUUCCCUCGAAGAAAGUGACUCAGGAGCUCGUACGGAGCGGUCGGUAUGCAGCCUUCCUGGGGCAUUUUCGCCCACUGCUCUCUCAAUGGUGGGACAAGUUCAAGAGGCAUGCAGACAACUCCACCUGCUGGCAGCUCAUACUGGUCGAUUACCAUUUUGUGCGUGUCUACAUUAACUCUGUGGCAUUGCAAGCCGUUGCGGGACGACUGUCGGGAGAUGACGGGCGAAUAAGAAAUCCGCAUUCUAUGGACAACCAGGAUUCCGACUUUGUUCGUGAAGUUAUCGAUGCAAGCAGCAGAAUGCUAGAGAUGGUGAUUGAUCUAUCUCGAGAUGGCAACUUAAAAUACCUGCCUGUCCGCAUAUUCAUCAGGGUCGCCUCUGCCUCGAUGUAUUUGAUCAAUGCCCUAGCGCUGGGUGUACGCGGCAACGAGUUGGACCGAUUGUUGGGUUUGCUAGAUCGUACAGUUGAAGCGUUAUGCAUGAACGCCGUCGACGAUGUGCAUCUCGGCUUUCGAUAUGCUGUAUUAUUGAGAGAAAACACAAAGGGCCUCCGGGAACGAUUCAUCCGUGUCAGUCCCCCGCCUAUGCAGGCGCCAUUCUCCUUUGACGAUGCAAAUGCAUUUCUUGGUGACACCGCAGGUAUCCUCGCACCGCCUCACGACAUCGAGGCUGCACAGCCAAGUAUUCAGACUGAUAUAGCAAAUCACGAGGCCAAUACAGGGCCGAACUUCUUAAUGUCUACCCCAGAAUCUGGACAGGAAAUGCUGAGCGAAACCUCUAUACCUGACCAGUUUCCAGUGGCAGGUGACUAUUCCCGGGAUGAGUGGUUUGCGUUGCCAUUUACUUCUGAGGCAGACCUUGGAAAGCCCUUUAUGUCAUUAUUUUUUGGCAUUGAGCCUGGAGACGAAAGAUACUUUUGGGACAUUGCCUAG